AUGGUUGGGGACUCAGAGGAGAAUGAUGAUUGUGUAAUGGCUGAUGAAAUGAUUUACAUACCUGAAGUCAGAAAUGAGGAAAGACCAAAAGUUGGAAUGAAGUUCGAUUCACUUGAUUUCGUUUAUGAUUUCUACAAUAGAUAUGCGUUAUUGGCUGGCUUUAGUAUUCGACGUCAUUCUAGCGGGAAGGAAAAAUACAGUAAAGAAAUUCUAAGAAAAGAAUUUGUAUGUUGCAAACAAGGCAUGUUUAAAAAAGAAGAGCCUAGGGUGAUAAAAAGACACCGAGGGAUAAGUAGAUGUGGUUGCAAGGCUAGGGUUGUUGUUGUAAAGGUUUCUGGGUGUAAGCAGUAUGUUUUCUCUCUUGUUGUAGAGGGACACAAUCAUACGAUGACACCCCCAGAAAGAGUGCAUUUUAUGAGAUCACACCGUCAUAUUUCAGAACCUGCAAAGCUACUCACAAAACAACUUGGUUCAGCUGAUAUACCUACUCAUAAAAAGAUGAGUAUUUUGGAGGUGCAAUCUGGAGGAAUGGAGAAAAUUGGUUUUACCAAAAAAGAUAUUUACAAUUUCGAAUAUUAUGAGAGUGGCCUAAUGAAGAACCAUGAUGUUGAAUUGGUGACUGAGUAUUUUUUAGCUGAACAGAAAAACAAUAGAUCAUUUUAUUUCAAGAUUGAGGGAGAUUCCAAUGACAGGCUUACUCGAUGUUUUUGGGCAGAUGCAACUUCUAGACGAGCAUAUGGGUUUUAUGGAGAUGUUGUCGUGCUCGAUACCACAUUCAACACGAACCGAUAUGGCUUGCCAUUUGCACCAAUGUUGGGGGUUAAUAACCAUGGUCAGACAAUUGUUUUAGCUUGUGCAUUUUUAAGUAAGGAAACGACUGAGUCAUUUAUUUGGAUGUUUGAGGAGUUUAAGAAAGCCAUGCCAGGUGGUGAGCCAAAAAUGAUCAUUACAGAUCAAGAUGCAGCUAUGGCUAGAGCGAUUUUUGAAGUAUUCCCCACUACAUUUCAUCGACUUUGUAUAUGGCACAUCACAACCAAGUUCUCUGAUAAACUACCACGGGCUGCUUAUGAGGAAUAUUGGAAAGAGUUUAAGGAAACCAUCUGGGAGAUUGACAAUAUAGAUGAAUUUGAAGAAAAGUGGCAUGCAAUCGUUACAAAAUCUGGUUUGACUGACCAUCCAUGGCUGAGUUCAGUUUUUGAUUUGCGAAAAUCAUGGGUUCCAGCCUAUGUAAAACAUGUUUUUGCCGCAGGAAUGUCAAGCAGUCAAAGAGCAGAAGGCUCUCAUGCAUUUUUCAAGCAAUAUAUAUCAAGGAGAAAUUCAUUAAUGGAUUUUCAUAACACGAUUUCAAAGGGCACUUUCCCAUCAACGUCAAAAUGA